AUGGUCGACAAGAUCGGGCGCCCUCGCAAGGCUGUAGGCAGCAACGACCCUUCCGGAAAGGGCGAUAGCGCUCCGAGAGGCCGCCAACAACGCGAGGCCUCCUCACAUACAUCACAAUACUACAGCGCUCACGACGGAUUUGAAGAUGCGCCCAUGCUAUCAGCACUAAGCGCUUCACAACAGCGCGAUUUUGAAGAGGCGCAAGCGGAGCCAGAGCCACGAGCUCGUCCGGCCAACAUCCGCACCAGCACCGCCACUGAGUCGCAAAUCGGUGCCGACGAAGACGAAACCCCCUUCCAGUCAGCAUCCGCUUCUUCGUCCUCUUCAUCAAGCUGGGAAGACCUCCCAUCGCCCCAAACCACUUCCCUUCCGACCGCCACACCCUUUCCCGGCACCUGGCCUGCCGCCCUCCACGACACCAGCGCCGCGCUGUCCGAGGUCUCCACUGCGACCCUCUCCUUCGCCAGCGCCAUCGCAUCCUCGGGCUUAGGCCGCGCAUCGUGGAGUAUCGGCGCAGCAACUCUUUCCUCCACCAACCGCGCGGCCCUAUCUUUCACCGCCUGGGGCAUGGAGAAGACAGGAGUCAUGCCGAAUGAGCUUCCUCGGCCGAUGCGGAGGUGGAUCCAAGGGAAGGAAGACAGGGACCGAAGGAGAAGACAGGCUGAGCAGAGAAGGAGAGAGAGGAGAAGAAGGGAACGAGAUGGACAGGUGCUCACUGGAGGAGUGGAUGAGGAAGGUGGUUAUGUGCUAGCGACGCAUGAGAUGGAUGGCACGCUGAACUUCGAGGGUAGGGGGCCUGUGGAUAUGCGCGAAGAAAUUGGUGAACAGGAAGGAGAGGAGGGAUUCGCGGCGGGAGGACCAGAAGAGAUCGAGGAGCGGGGGACCGAACAUGGAGACGAUGGUCUUAUGCGAGUGUUUGAGUUUGAUGAGGAUGAAGACUUGUAA